AUGGCUCCCUUGCAUCUUCACUUGCCCAAUACGGAAGCAUUGGAUAAUCUCCCAGCUUUCACCGUCGGGUUCACAAUUUUCGCCGUCGGCUUCUUUGGCUUCUAUCCUCGCGACUCCGACGCUGUGGUCUUGGAACCCCAUGCUCCAUUGAACUUGAACUUGAACGCCAUCUCAUUUUACAUUUUCCCCCACUUGAACGUGUUGCACUUAUUGUUGAAUCUUGUGGCCUUGGCGCCUCUUUUGGCGAGGUAUGAGAAGACUCACGGAACUAUCUACACUGGUGUCACCAUGAAUCUUUUGGCCGUGGUUGCUGCGUUGCAGUACUGUUUCUUGGGACUCUUCUUGUACCCUACUCAGCAUGUGGCCGGGUUGCUGGGUGAAUUUUUCUCAUUUUUGACGUUCUACUGCUACAAGGAGCAUUUCAAUCGCCCUUCUUUGCACACCUUCCGUGUGGGCGGCAACGAGUUCCCAAUCCCAACACUCUAUUUCCCGCUUCUUUAUCUGUGUGUAAUUGCAUUCCUCUUCCCCAACUCAUCUUUUUUUGGCCAUUUGGCAGGUGUCAGUGCUGGCUACUUGCUUGCUGCGGGCAAGAUCAAUUUCAUGUUCCCACCCCUGAAGGUGAUUCAAUGGAUUGAGCUGAAGAUCAACCCCGUGAUUGAUGUAUUGCACAACAUUGUCGUGUGGACAAAAGAAGAAGAGGCUGUGAAUGAACGUACCGUUGGCUACAAGCCCCUCUUGUCCACGGAUAUUGAGCAAGCAGAUGCCACCACCGCAACCUACGAGGGAUUUGAAAGGAGAUUGGGAACGUAG